AUGACAACACAAAACAGGACAAAAGGAUGGGAAAGGGAAUCAAAAAUAAAUGCUGAUUAUGAAUAUGAGAAACUAGUAAAACUAGAAAAUAAGUUUAAUAUAAAAUGUUGGCUAAAUAAAGGACAAAGAGAAGGAUAUUUAUAUAACAUCGUUCCAACAACAAUGAAUGUAGUUAUAAAAAAUGCUAACAAAUCCCAAAAAAAAACAGGUGUUCACCUGUAUUUUGUGUCAGAUAAUAACAAGACAUGGAGAUUGACCCUAUUUUAUCGUCCUUAUUUUUAUCUGAAGACAAAAAAUAUAUACAAUUAUGAAGAAGUAACAAAAUUUUUAAAAAAAGAAUUAGACAAGUAUAAUGUAGAGAUUGAAUAUAUAAAAAAAGAGGAUUUAAGUUUAUAUGAUCAUUUAAAUAGAAAAAGGAGUUAUUUAAGCAAUAUAUUUUUUAAGGUAUCAUUUGAUACAAUCGAUAAUUUAAUGAGUGCUAGAGAUUUUCUCUCAAAAAUAAUAGAAAGAAAUAAAAAGAAUAAAAAGGAAUACAAUUCUAAUUAUGACAGACACAUUUUCAAUGAAGAUGAAUUGUCUUGUAGUAAAUUAGAAUUUUCUUGCAAAAAUGAUUAUUCUUAUUCUUAUACCAAAUAUGAAGAGCAGAAUGAAAAGGCACAAAAAAAAAAAUAUGGUACUAAAAAUGAUGAGGAAGAGGAAGAAAAAAGAAAAAUAAACAAAAAAUAUGAUAAUGGUUUAAUAAACACAAAUAACAAUUUAAACAUGAAUGAAAUUAUAGUAAACACGAAAAAACAUGUUUUAAGUAAAGAAGAAAUUAUGAGUGAAAUUGUUGAAAUAUAUGAAUAUGAUGUAAAAUAUAUAACAAGAAUUUGUAUAGACAAAAAUAUAAGAUGCGGAUUAUGGUAUAAAAUAACAAGAGAUGAAGACGAAUUAUAUACAGAGUUAAUUCAUUUUGAAGUUCUAAACAAAAAAGUAUUAGCUCCGUUGAAUGUUUUAGCAUGGGAUAUUGAGUGUUAUAAAGAUGAAUUAAAAUUUCCAGAUAAAGAAAAAGAUGAAAUAAUAUUAAUAUCAUAUAUGUAUAAUGCUCAAGGUUAUCUAAUAGUUAAUCGAAAUGUAAUGAGUAAAAAUAUAAGAGAAUUUUUGUAUAAGCCAAAUGAGGAAUAUUCUGGUGCAGGAAGUUUUAAAGUUUUUAAUGAAAAAAACGAAUAUUUUUUAUUAAAAAGAUUUUUAGAACACAUAAAAUUACUGAGAAUACAUAUAUUUGUAACAUAUAAUGGUGAUUUUUUUGAUAUUCCUUAUUUAUAUAGAAGAUGUGAAAUUAAUAAUUUAAGUGUUCCAAAAGAAGUGGGCUUUGUUAUGAACAACAAACAAGAAUGUUCAUGUAACUUUAUAUUAAAUAUAGAUGCUUAUAAAUGGGUUGAAAGAGAUUCAUAUUUACCUAAUGGAUCAAGGACAUUAAAAAGUGUAUGUAAAAUUAAGUUAAAAUAUAAUCCAACAGAAGUAGAUCCUGAACUUAUGGUUCCCAUUGCAAAAGAAAAUCCUCAACAUUUAGCUGUUUACAGUGUUUCUGAUGCAGUAGCUACUUUUUAUUUAUAUGAUAAAUUUAUUCAUAAUUUUCUAUUUGCUUUAUGUUCUAUUAUUCCAAUGAAUCCUGAUAAUGUAUUACGUCAAGGAAGUGGUACAUUAUGUGAACAAUUAUUAAUGGCAGAAGCAUAUAAAAAAAAUAUUUUAUUUCCAAAUAAAUCUAAGCCUAUUUAUAAUCAGUAUUUUACAGAUCCUGAAAGUAAAAAAAAAUAUUUUAUUUAUGAUGAUUCUUUUGUAGGAGGUACUGUUCAAAGUUUAAAAUGUGGUAUUUAUAGAGAUGAUCUUAAGGAAUUUUUUAAUCUUGAUGUAGAAACAUAUAAAUAUCUUAUGAAUAAUGUUGAUAAUAUUUUUGAUUUUUGGAUUCAAAAAGAUUUAAAUAAAAACUACAAAAUAAAUGAUAAUAAUUACAUUAAUAAAAGUCAAAUUUUGAAUUUGGAAAAAAUUAAAAUUGAUAUAAUAAAUAAACUAAAUUUUUUUAUUCAGAAUCCUAAUAUAAAUAUAUGCCCCAAUAUUUAUCAUCUAGAUGUUGCUGCUAUGUAUCCCAAUAUUAUUUUGUCUCAUCGUUUACAGCCAAAUGCUAUAAUUACACCAGACCAUUGUUUUAAUUGCUCUUUUUAUAAACAACGUCAUUUAUGCCAAAAAAAAAUGAUCUGGAAAAGAAAAUUAGAAAUAUCUCCUAUUGAUUAUGGGCAUGUAUUGUCUCUUAAACAAGAUUUAAAAACAAGACUAUUUUAUCCUCAAAAAAGUUAUUUUAAAUUACAAAACAAAGAAGAUUCAGAAACUAGUACAAAUGAUAAUUCAGAGGAGUUAUAUAUCAGCAAAAAAAAAUCGUGGAAUGAAUUAACAGAAAAACAGCAACAUGAUGAAUUAAUGAAAGUUAUAAAAGAUUGUUCUCAAAAAGUUUUUAAGAAAACUAAAGUAGCAAAAGAAGUAGAUACUUCAAGUUUAGUGUGCCAAAGAGAAAACUCAUUUUAUGUGGAUACUGUAAGGACUUUCAGAGACAGGAGAUAUGUUUAUAAAAAAGGACUUAAAGAAUGUGAACAUGAAAAAAGAGAAUUACUGAAACAAAAAAGAAUUGAUUAUAUAAAAAUUCAAGAAUUAGACGAUAAAAUAUUACUAAAUGAUUCUUUACAAUUAGCACAUAAGUGUAUAUUAAAUAGUUUUUAUGGUUAUGUUAAAAGAAAAAGUAGUAGAUGGUAUUCUGAUCAAAUGGGAGCAAUUGUUACUUAUACAGGUUCCCAAAUAAUAAAUGGAGCAUUUAAUUUAAUCAAUAAAAUUGGAAUACCUAUGGAAUUAGAUACGGAUGGAAUAUGGUGUAUGUUGCCAAAACAUUUUCCUGAAAUAUAUGAAAUUUUUAUAAUCGAUAAAAAAAUGUUAAAUAAGAAAAAUGAAUAUGAAAAUAAAUGUGAUGAAGAAUUAAAAAAUGAUCCCAACAUAAAAAAGGUAGAAUUUGAAUUUCCAACUAAUAUAUUAAACUUUGAAAUGCACAAAAAAUGGACUAAUGAUCAAUAUUUAAUCUAUAAUGAAGAAACAGAUGAUUAUGAAUGUAUUAGUAAAAAUGAAAUUUUUUUUGAGUUGGAUGGACCUUGGCAUGGUAUGUUUUUACCUGCUUCAGAAAAAUCAGAUGAUUUAUUAAAAAAAAGAUAUGUUGUUUUUAACGAUAAAUAUAAAAUUAGUGAGUUAAAAGGUUUUGAGAUAAAAAGAAGAGGAGAAUUAAGAAUUAUUCAAAGAUUUCAAAGUGAAAUUUUUAACCAUUUUCUAAAAGGAAAAACAAAGGAAGAAUCAUAUUAUUAUGCAUCAUUAACUGCCAAUAAAUGGAAAAAUUUAAUAGAUACUAAAGCGGUUGAUAUUGAUAAUGAUGAUGAAUUAUUUGAUUUAAUUUUGGCAAAAAAGGUUUUAAAUAAAUCUGUGAAAGAACAGCCAAAUGCCAAAAGUUUUGGUAUAACGACUGCUAAAAGAUUGAGUGAGCUACUAAGUAACGCAAGUUAUAUAGAAGAUAAUAAUGUUUCUACACAAUUCAUUGUUGCCUCUAAACCAGUCGGGUCAGAUAUUACUUUUAGAGCUAUACCUAUACAAAUAUUUAAAACAAAUGUAGAUACACAAAUUUACUAUUUAAGUAAAUGGUUGGGUACAAAAUUUCCACCAAAUGUACCAGUUAAUGUUAGAGAUAUUAUUGAUUGGGAUUAUUAUAAGCAGAAAUUGGAAGUUCAAAUUUUAAAAUUAGUUAUUAUUCCAGCUAUUAAACAAAACAUUAAUAACCCAAUUACAUCCAUAUCAGUACCUGACUGGUUAAAAAAACAAAUAAAUAUUUCUGAAGGAAAACAAAAGAAAAUCACUUCUUUCUUUGUUAAAAAAAUUAAAAAAGAAGAUGAAACUAUCAAAGAUGAAGAUAAAAAAAUAGGAAAUACAAUAAAUGAAAUUGAAGAAAAAGGCAAAAUUUGUAAUAGUUCUAUGGAAAAAAAAACUCCACUAACUAGUGAAGAAAUACCAACAACAGUAAUAAAAAAAAAAAGAUUAUUAGAACAAUAUUUAUUAGAUAAUUUUAUAUCAAAAAAAAAAAAGUUAAUAUUAUUAAAUGAUAAUGAAAUAUCAAAAAUAGCCUAUAAAAAAGUAAAUUCAUUAGAUAAUGAGGAAAAUAGCAACAAUAUUAUAAUUAUUGACCAUGAAAAAAUAAAUAUUAAUAAUCUGAAAAAUAAAGACUUACAUAAUUUGUUUGAAACUAAUUUUAAAAGAUGGAUGCUAAUUAAUAAUAAAAUUUGGAGAAAUAAUAGAAAUCAAAUUAAAAAAAUUAGAAAUGAAGAAAAAUAUAAAAAGAAAAGAAUAUCAUUUAAUGAAGAUGAAAACAAUAGCUCUCAAAAAGUUUCUAAUUUGGAGCCAAAAUAUUUACAUACUAUUCAAAAUGCUAUGGAUAUUGUAUAUAUGUAUAAAAAAAUUAAAAAAAAAAAGACUAACAAAAGAAAAAACGAAGAUCCUUUAAAUAACAUAAAAAAUGAAAAACAUAUAUUAUUAAAACCAUACUUAAAAUAUUUUAAACAUGAAACAGAUUCAGAUUCAGAUUCUUCUAAUGAUGAAAAUGAUUUUUUUAAUGAAAAUGAUGUAAUAGAUGAAAAUGAUGAUGAUGGUGUAUAUUAUGCGAUAGUAUCAUUAAAAAAUGUGAAUAAAUUCUAUAAAAUAAAAUUACAGGUAUAUCGUCAUAUAUAUAUUAAUAAUUAUGAGCAACUAGAUUUAAAAAGUAACAGUAAAAUUACUAUAAAACUUAUAUGUUCCAAUAAUGAAAAUGACUUAUUUAAAUCCAAAGCUUAUGCUAAUUUUUUUCUUCCAAGAAAUAUUAAAGUAUUUAACUUAUAUGAAUUUAUUAUGACUGAAAAAUAUUUCAAUCAGUAUGUCAUUAAUACCCUAAAUGCAAAUUAUCAUGAAAAUAUCAUUUCCGUAUAUGAAACGAAAAUACCUCUUUAUUAUGAUUUUUUAAGUAGAUAUGGAAAUUCAGUAGAAAUUGAUUCAAAUAAUUAUAAUUCUAUUUUUGAUGAAAAGAAAUGUUUUAAAUCUCACUGUUUUACAAGAGUGGAACCAAAUAAAGGAAGAAAUAUUUCUCAAGAUUAUUUAGAUGAUAUACAUAUUAUAUAUAUAAAUAUAUUCCAUACAGUCGUAGAUAAUAUAUGUAAUCGUAUUUUUAUCAAUGUUUUUGAUCAAUAUGAAGAAGAUAAUGAAGAUUUAUUAUAUGGUAAUAAGAUUAUGUUUAGUGGAAUAGGAAGAGAAAAUGACUUUGAUCCUUAUGAAAAUUUCAUAAAAUUUUUACAUGUUGAGAAUUUUUAUAUAGAUCUAAUGAAAGAUAAGAUGACUAAUUUAAAGGAAAAUAAUAUAUGUAAUGAUUUAUAUAAAUGCCAAAAAAAUAAUGCUAAUGAUGCAAAUUUUAUUAACAAUAUGAAAAACAAUUUUGAAAAUAUAACAUCAACCAAAAAGAUUGAAACUAUAAUAAAUGAAAAUACUGAAAGUAGUUAUUUAAAUCACCUUGAAAAUGAGGAAAUUAAAAAAGAGGUAUUAAAUAAUUUGUUUAAUAAAGAAUUUUUUAUUAAGAAUAUACAUAAAGAUCUUUUAUUUUUAUAUCAUUACAGAAAGUUUGAUGUUUAUUACGAAGAUAAUUCUAAUGUUUAUAAAGUCUUAGAGUAUCUAGAUUUGUACUUAAAUAAAUAUCGUAAUAAUAUAUUAAUAGGGAAAAAAAAAUAUAUUUUUUUUGUAUCAUCAACUAUCGAUAAAAAAAAAUUAGGUUGGUGGACUACUAAUAAAUACUUUCCUUGUUAUUUCUAUAAAUUUGAAAAUUGUCAAAAAUAUCAAAAUAUACCAAAAAAAAAUUACAAAAGUGAAGUUUUUAAUUUAUCUUUAGAACUUUUUUAUGAAAAUUAUCACAGAGUAGAAGAAGAUUUAAAUUUUUCUCGGAUAUCAAACAUUCCAUUGUUUAAUUUGUUAAAUAUAAAAAAAAAAAAUCAAAAACAUAAAUUUAUUUACGAUGUUUUAUAUGCUUCCUUCCUAAAAAGAUAUAAAGGAAUAUUAUGGUUAUCUUAUUUUGGUAAUUAUGAUUUAGGUAUCCCUUGCUUAAAUAUAAAUAAUUUUUGUGACUAUGAUAUAGCAAAAAAGAACAUUGAUGUAAUAAACCAAGGAAUAUAUAGAGGAUAUAUUGUUCAUUUAUUUUUCAAUGAAUCUCUUAUUUUUAAUAGUGUUAGACUUUUUACAAAAUAUUCCAACAUAAAAAGUUCAAAUGAAUAUAAAGCUUUUGUUAAAAAGACAAAUUCUAAAAAAUCUUUUGAAAAAAAUCUUAAAACUCAUAAUGCAAAUAAAAGUAUAAAAAAUUCUGAUGAACUUAAUGAAGAAGAUAUGUUAUUAAUAAAUAGUAACAAAAAUGAAAACUCUUCUAAUAUUGAAAACGAUUAUUUAAAUUCAUCUGAUUGUAAUCAAAAAAAAAAUCUAAUUCAUAAUAAAUAUGAUAUUAAUUCAAUUGUGGAACAAGAUUCUCAUGUUUCUCAAUUUAGUAAUUUUGCCUUUAAGUUAUUAGGACAAUCUUUAGAAUACUUAAUAUCUAAGAUAUCUUCCUUAUCUAUGUUAAUUACAAAUAGAACGUUUGAAAGUAUUUCUGAUAUUUUUACAUCCUUCUAUUCUUGGAUAUCCAAUAAUUCUAGCUUACUUUAUGAUGUAGCAUUAUAUAAUAAGGUUUUAGAAUGUUCUGAAAUAUAUCAAAAUAAUUUAAUAAAUAUUAUGAAAAAAAAAUUUAAUGCUAAUAUCAUAUUUGCUGAUUUGAGAAAUUUUGUUAUUUCUUUUAAUGAAUUUUCAAUUAUAUCAGGUAGAAAUAUUUUGAAAAAUUUAAUACAUUAUUUUUCCUCAAGUGAUUCUAUAUAUGCUAAUGUACCUUUUUAUAUCAAGCAAGAAUAUAUAGCUGCAUGUCAAUUUGAUAAAUAUAAUUUUAUAAGAUAUAAAGAAUAUUCUAAUCCCAACGAGGAAAACACUGAUGAAAAUUUAAAGAUAAUUGAGUAUCUACCACCUAUUUGUGAAUCUUUUUUAAGAUACGUUUUGGAUGCUAUCACUUUAAACCCUUUACAUGAUACAAUUUCCCUUUAUGAAAAUAAUAAGAAAAGUAAUGAUAUUCAAAACGAAGACUUAACAGAUGUAGAUAGUAUAAAACAUAAAGAUGAAAAAAACUAUUUUAAUAUAGUUUUAAAGUCAGAUAAAUUAACAGAUAAAAUAAAUUUAGCACAAAGAGCUAAUUUACAAUAUAUAUAUGAUAAAUCUUUUGAUGAUCUAGAAGAAGUUUGUGAAAGUUUUUCUUUAAUAAAUGAAAAUGUAGAUGUUUUAUCUUACAAAAUUGAAGAAAAAUUAAAAGAGCUGUGGUUUAUUCCUGGUAAUAUAUAUAAAAAAAUUAAAAAAUCAAUAAAAUACAAAAAAUAUUUAAUAGAAAAUUAUUGGCCUUACGAUGAUGAUGAGGUGGAUGAAAAUAAUUUAAGCAUAGCACCAUUUUUGUUUCCUCCAUCUCUAGGGAAUUUAGCAAAGAGAGAAAAUAACUGGAGACUAGAAAUUGUGAAAUUUUGUAUUUUUUUAAUGCAAAAUGAUAAAUUAUUGAAUUUAGAAAAUGAAAACUCUAAUGAAGCUUUUUAUGAAAAAAGACACGAAUUGUAUGAAAUAAUAGGAGAAAGUGAAUAUAACAGAAAAAAUUCUCUUUGGAAAAGUCCAUGUCAUGAAUUAAUUUUAAAAGAUAUUUUUUGUGAAAAUUGCUCAUCUGUAUAUCAUAUGAAUGUUGUUACAAGUUUAGUUGAAGCAGAAAUAAACGGAAAAUCAUCAUUUAUUUGGUUAUGUAAAAAUUGUAAUUCUAAGUAUGAUAAUGAAUUUAUAGAAUUAAAGAUUUUAUCAUUAUUACAAGAAACAUUUGAUGCUUAUAAUGCACAAGAUUUAGUGUGUAACAAUUGUAAUGCUAUAAAAUCAUUUCAUAGGAGAUCAAUUUGUAAAUGUGGCCAAAUUUUUACACCCAGAUUGGAUAUAAACAAUUGGAUACAAACAUUGGAGAUUAUGGAAAAUUUAGCAAGCAUGUUAAGCAUGUCUUUGUUAUCAGAUGUUUUAAAAUCAAUGAAAACUCAUCUUAUAUAA